AUGCGUGCAUUCAGCAAUGUCCUCGUAAUUGCCGCCUUGGCAGUAGCAGUAUCUGCUGCAAACAUCCCCGCUGCCGUCAAUCGCAUGGCGGUCAACGCAGGAUGCAAUGACGCCAAGAUCACGCACACCAGCCAUGUCCUGGUAGGAAACAAACAAGUCACCCGCACUGGGCUGUCCUGUACGCUGAAGGGGAUGGCGGCUCGCGAACCAUCUGAGGGGACCGUCGCUACCGACCCCGUCCACGUCUGCGGCCAAAGUUGUACAACGUCCUGCAGCAACGUCAGUGGAAUUCUCCCUCCAAUCAGCGAGGAUUGCAAUGUCAUCGCCCAGGCGAUUGAGAUUUUCAAUGGCAAAGGGUCUACUAGCUUUGUCGCUCAGCCCCAAACAAUGGAGACACUGACUUUUGGAACAUGUUCGUAUCUGUUUGUCAACUUUUCGAACGACCGAUUGGAAUACUGUUGGGACGAUAUGGCCACGACCUGCGCUACAGCAGGGGCAGCUUGUUUCCCGCCCCACCAGCCAUUCUCUCCUCAAGGAUGGUGCACUGGUUCUGGUGGACUUUGGGCUGCUGGUGCCUCCCACUCCUAA